UCCCUCCCCUCCGAGGCAGAGCGGAGCCGCGCCUGCGGGCUGGGGGCGCCGCGGCGGUGCCUCGCGCGCACGAGCCGGGGGCCCCUCGGUCUGAGUUUUCUGGUCUGACUAUUCUUCAUUGGUGUAGAGUUUUUGUUUUUUCUCCUUCUAAGCUCCUGGGCCACCCCGGAAUCAGAAAUAAAGGGACGUGUCAGAUAAAAGGGCUACUCUUCAUGUAAUUGUUAGACCUGCCACCAACCUUGAUAUAAACAAAAACAAUGCAGACCACCUUUUGCCCGGAGAGGUGAAUAACACUGAAUAAAAAUGGCUGACAGAGGUGGGAAGACUUUUCCAGGACAAGUGUAUAUUGAAGUGGAAUAUGACUAUGAAUACCCUGCAAAAGGUAAAACAAUUACGAUAAAACAAGGAGAAAGAUACAUUUUGGUGAAAAAGACAAAUGACGACUGGUGGCAAGUCAAAUCAGAAGAGGAUUCCAAGACUUUUUAUGUCCCUGCCCAAUAUGUUAAGGAAGUAACUCGCAAAGCAUUAAUGCCCCCUAUUAAGCUGGCAGCUGGACUACCAAAUAACCCUUCAAAACUGGCUCAGAAUAUACACCUACAGAGAUCUUCAGAAAAUGUGAACAAAUCACCACCAGAGCUUUCAAGUUUUGGAAAGUCAUCUUCUGCUCAUGCAACGAGUCUCGUUCGUGAUGCCAAUCAGAACUUUGGACCAAAUAGCUCAAGUCAGACUCUAAGCCUGGACCUUACCCAUAAUAAUGGAAAGUUUGGCAGUGACUCUCAGUCUCCAAAAGUUCCCAGCCAGCACAGACUACACUUAAUGGGGCAGUUUCCAGGCCCAGAGUUCAUGGAUGUAGAGAAAACCAGCUUCUCCCAUGAACAGUCCUGUGAUUCUGCAGGAGAAGGUUCAGAAAGAAUUCUUCAAGAUUCUGAAUCUGGUGAUGAGCUUAGCAGCAGCUCUACUGAACAGAUACGGGCUACUACACCACCAAACCAAGGAAGGCCAGAUUCUCCCGUCUAUGCUAAUCUGCAAGAAUUGAAAAUAUCUCAGGCUGCACUCCCACCUCUUCCUGGGAGCCCUGCGAUUCAGAUUAAUGGAGAAUGGGAAACUCACAAGGAUAGUACGGGACGUUGUUAUUACUACAACAGGGGAACGCAAGAAAGAACAUGGAAGCCUCCUCGUUGGACGCGAGAUGCCAGCAUAAGCAGAGAUUUCCAGAAUCCAACCGAUCAAGAGCUUCUUUCAUCUGAAGAAAGCCACCACAGUUCUUGUUACAGCCAGUCAGAUAGUAAGUGUGGCUCUUCUCCAAGGGGUUGGUCAGAAGAGUUGGAUGAGCGUGGGCAUACCUUAUAUACCAGUGACUUUACUAACGAAAAGUGGCUAAGACACGUAGAUGACCAAGGUAGACAGUAUUUCUACAGUGCAGAUGGAUCCCGCUCAGAAUGGGAAUUACCAAAGAUGGGGGAAACCAGAUUAACAGAAGUCGUUUCUGAAGAUAACACAUUUAAUGCUUCACAGCAGCAAAGAGAAAUAAUUAAAAGCAGGAGCUUGGACCGAAGGAUACAGGAUCCCAUAGUAUUAACCAAGUGGAGGCACAGCACGAUUGUAUUAGACACUAAUGACAAGGAAUCUCCAACUGCUUCAAAGCUGUGUUUUCCUGAAAGUGAAUCUUCUUCCUCCUCACCAAAGCACCAAUCAACAGGUCAAGAGAAAUUUGGAGUAUUAAAUGUAACAAAAAUCACUGAAAAUGGGAAAAAAGUUAGAAAGAAUUGGUGGUCAUCUUGGGCAGUAUUGCAAGGUUCAUCUUUAUUGUUUACCAAAACCCAAGGAAGUAGCACUAGUUGGUCCCUCUGCCCACAGGGCUCAAUUCCUGAGCUUCUGCUUUCGCUGCUUUCUUCCUGGAAAAAUUCUGUCAGCCGUCGCCCUGCUGUCACCUAUGUAAACCCUGGUCCUGUUUCAGCCAUCACUUUUGGGAGUAAUAAUUCCAAGCCAGAGUUCACAGUGGACCUCAAAGGGGCAACCAUUGAGAUGGCUUCGAAGGACAAAUCCAGCAAAAAGAACGUAUUUGAGUUGAAAACCCGACAAGGAACGGAAUUACUAAUUCAGUCGGAAAAUGACAGUACUAUUAAUGAGUGGUUUAAAGUUAUUAACUAUACCAUCAGUAAUCAGGUAGCAGAGUUUGAUGAAGCAGUUGAUGAAGAGGUACCAGAUUCGCCAGGGGUGGAAAAACAUGACAAAGAGAAGGACCCUAAGGAUUCUAAGAAACUCCGUCCCUUGAAAAUAUCCAGCAUAGAUUCUUCAGAACAGAAGAAAACAAAGAAAAAUCUGAAGAAGUUUCUGACACGGCGCCCUACUCUGCAAGCCGUGAGAGAGAAAGGCUACAUUAAAGAUCAGGUGUUUGGAUCUAAUCUUGCUAGUCUGUGCCAAAGAGAGAACAGCACAGUGCCAAAAUUUGUCAAGUUGUGCAUCGAGCAUGUUGAGGAACAUGGCUUGGAUAUUGAUGGGAUAUACCGAGUAAGUGGAAACCUUGCAGUGAUUCAGAAACUAAGAUUCGCAGUUAAUCAUGAUGAAAAAUUGGACUUGAAUGAUGGUAAAUGGGAAGAUAUUCAUGUUAUCACCGGGGCACUCAAGAUGUUUUUUCGAGAAUUGCCAGAGCCUCUCUUUACAUUUCAUCAUUUUAAUGACUUCGUGAAUGCGAUUAAACAAGAACCGCGGCAGCGAGCUGGUGCUGUCAAAGACUUAAUUAAACAGUUGCCAAAACCAAAUCAAGACACCAUGCAGGUUCUUUUCAGACACCUCAAAAGAGUUGUAGAAAAUGGAGAAAAAAACCGGAUGACCUAUCAAAGUGUAGCAAUUGUGUUUGGCCCUACCCUGUUAAAGCCAGAAAAAGAGACAGGCAAUAUAGCAGUCCACACAGUAUACCAAAACCAGAUCGUAGAAUUAAUUCUUCUGGAACUGAGCAACAUUUUCGGUCGUUGAAUCUUCCCAGAGACAAAUGCUGGAGUGAUGGCGUGGAAGUCCAAUUCCCAGUAGACUGUAGAUCUUUGUAUUGUUUUUUGGACCAAGCAGCAACUUGAUGAUUUUGCACUUUUGGAGGGGACAAGGGUGAAGCCCUCUUAUAGUUGCUAUUGUUUCAAGUUGACAUUUCAAUUUAAUUUUAAUUGUUUUUAUUUCAAUAUGAAUAUUUUGAAAUUUAUACUCUGCAGUUUAGUAAUGAUUACAAGUAGCAAUUCUAGUAUAGGCAUAUACACUGGAUUUCUUGUUGAGAAAGCUUAAGUUGCUAUUAAUCUCAGACUGGAUAAUCUGGAAUUGCUUCUUUUUCUUGAUUUUUUUGUUACUGUUGUUGUUUUUGUCAUGGUGUUGGGGUGGCUCACCAUUUGGUAGGGAAAGAACCCACUAUUUUGAAAACCUGUUGGGGCAUUUUGAGCAAAAAUUAAAGUAUAUCCACUUAAAAACCUGUGUAAUACUAUAAGGUUCCCUCUGCAGGAUCUCUGCAUGCAGUUUUAACUAGUGCUAACAGUGGUCGGUAUAGUUUACAAUAAACCAAAUAUAAUCCCUUUCGAAGUGAGGCUUGCUGUCUUUACUGUGUUGAACGGCAUCCUUAUAGGAUAUCUUGUUGCUUGAUAUCCUUAGUACGCUAAUAUACUUCAAACACUGAGCUCACCAGUUUAUCCACCAGAGGGUAUUUGUUCUGUGACUUUUUAUGUAACGUGAGUCAGUUGCUCAGGAUAUUUCUUGGGCUGUCAUCUAAGCUCCACUGAAUUAAUUCUAUCAAUCCUAAUUAAAAGUCAACUUCAUCUGACACUGUACUCAGUUCUUGGUUUGACCCUGUGGUAGUGAAUUUUUUUUGUCGUUGUUUGGGUCUUUUUUUGAUGUAAAUACAGGCUAAAGACCCCGUGACCUUUAGCUUAUGUGUAUAUAACUAAAUGGCUGUAUAGUCUCAAAGUACCUUCUAGUCACACAUUUCUAAUCAUGGAUAGAGUAGCUACAUGGUAGAGUAGCUUCCAGUGAAUAUUAGGUUUCCUCAAAGAAACUGGCUGUUAUUUGGGAACGCUAACUGUGUGCACUUUUAGAUUAUAAUUACAUUUGCAGGCAAAUCACUGUAACACAAAUGGUACUGGAAAAAUACUGAAUAGGCUUGCUAAAUGGUUAAUGCACUACAAGAGGAGCCUUUUAGGUUAUUUAAUAUGUACAGAAUUCAUUAGACAAAUGUGUAUUUCAGAAUUUUAACUCUACAGUAUAAGCAGCAGGAACCCAUGUGUAAAUUGGAUGGAUGUUUGAUGGAAAAUGAUGUGGCUCAAUUGGAGGAUUUCAUUUUACAUUACUAAUGUAGAGUGACUUGUAUAAUAAAAAUAAGUUUUGGAACACUUUGUUACAGGGAGCAUGGUCUGCUGAAGAUUUUUAAAACUGUAUUUUUCUAGACUAACUGCUGUAUAUGAAAUGCCUAAUCUGAAUAAAGAACGCUAUUAGAUAUAUAGAAAAAUUUCCAUCGCCAAAUUGCAUGAAUUGUAUUGGUUGAAAUUACAGGCAUGCUUGAUACCUCAUUUUAGAAAAAUAAUCGAAGCUGAUAUUUCCUGUGGCAAAGAUCUCUGUGUCUCCUUCUGCUACCUCUGCUUCCCCUUGUCUCUUUGUCAGGACUAGUGACUUUCUGAUUGUAAUUAGGAAGGCUUUUUGAAAAACGUGCUACUUGAUGUGUGUUGCCUUUCAUGGGGGAGAAAUAGGGAUGUGAUCCAUCAGAAAAACUUUCAAAUGAGUUAAAUGGUGAAAAUAUUGUGUAUUCUAUUGUGGACUGGUAGAAUUGGUUACAUAUACCAAGCUACUUGCUGCUUUUCUAAAUAUGGAUUGCUUUAGGAAAACACCUAAGGUAGAACGUGUACAUUUGCAAAAAAUUUAUAUAAUGAUCCAGUGUACAGUAGAAUUCCACAGCAUUUUCAACUAAGAAAGCAGUGAGUCACCUCAGCUCAGUGCAGCUUUUUGUCUGUGUUGUAAUGAAAAAUGGAGACAUCAAAAUGUGUAACUGUCUUGUGACUUGUCUGUGUGUAUUUGUCUGUGCUCAUUGCACCACAGAUUACAUGGUUUAUUGUAAUGCUGUAUGUACAAUCAGUGUCUUCUCUGUUUUCAGCCUUCUAACGGAAUUAAAAAAAAUAAUGGUG